AAACUCCGAGCUGGGGAAGGUACACGAGGUGCAGCUGAACUUGAGGUGUGUGUUAUCUGUGUGUGUGUGAAACAUGUCUCAGGUGAGCAAUAGACCGGGUCAGCUGUGCGGUGGAACAGGUCAUGUGAAGCAUGCAAACGCGGAGGUGCAGAAAAUCUGUGAUGAGGUGAAGCCGCAGGUGGAAAAGAAAGCUGGGAAAAAUUUUGACGUUUUCAAAGCCACAGCAUUCAGCUCUCAGAGUGUAGCAGGAACGAACUACUACAUUAAGGUGCAGGUGGGUGAGAGUGACUACAUGCACAUCCGAGUGUUCAGGUCUCUCCCCAGUGAAGGAUACAAACUCUCACUGCACGAUAUCCAGACCCCAAAAACCCUCCAGGACCCUAUUGAAUUCUUCUGAGACAGCACACACACACACACACACACACACACACACACACACACACACACACACACACACACACAGCACUCCCUGAACAGCAAAAUAAAAUGCAUCAAUUAUAUGAAUCAUAGGGUGCACUUAUUUUUUCCCACCUGGUUUCUGAAUGUUGUUUACUUUCUGAGGAAGAAAACGACUAGACAUUAAAAUCUGUUGUGUAUUUUA